AACUGGCCGGCGCUUCUCAUCCUCGUCAUCAUCGCGCUGACGGUGGGCGGAAACAUCCUGGUGAUUCUGGCCGUCUCACUAGAGAAGAAGCUUCAGAACGCUACAAACUUCUUCCUGAGGUCGUUGGCCGUGGCCGACAUGCUGGUGGGGAUACUGGUGAUGCCUAUAUCACUGAUCAACAUACUCUAUGACUAUGCGUGGCCCCUGCCCAGUGCUCUGUGUCCUAUCUGGAUCUACCUGGACGUCCUCUUCUCCACAUCGUCUAUUAUGCAUCUGUGUGCCAUAUCUCUGGAUCGAUAUGUGGCUAUAAGGAAUCCCAUUGAACACAGCCGCUUCAACUCUAGAACCAAGGCCAUGAUGAAGAUAGCAGCUGUAUGGACCAUAUCAAUAGGUGUGUCCAUGCCUAUCCCGGUGAUCGGCCUUCACAACAAAGACAAGGUGUUUGUCAACGGCAGCUGUGUUCUGAACGAGGAGCGCUUCAUGCUGGUUGGCUCCUUCGUGGCUUUCUUCAUCCCAUUGGUCAUCAUGGUUGUGUCCUACUGCCUCACCAUACAGGUCAGAGAGUGUUUUGAUUGGCUAGUCCUCCAACGCCAGGAGACCGUCUUCCUCUACGAGAGGAAAACUUCCUCCCAGCAGCCACUGCAGCCUCAGGCCACUCCCUCAAACCACCAGUCCCCGCCUCCAAAUUUCCUAGGCCUGCCCAUAAACAUUGAGGCUCUUCCUCCUAGCAGACAAGGAAGUCUGAGCUGCCUGAAAGGGGCGGAGCCUGACCGGCAGACCGGCCUCUUAAGCAGUUCCCCCUCGGAGAGCAUCAGUAUGAUUCCGAGUUCGGGGGUGGCGUCCCAGCUGAGCUCUCCGGCAGGGCGUGAUGCACGGGACAGUCACGGGAGGCGGGGGAUGAUGCAGGCGAUCAAGAAUGAGAGGCGGGCCUCCAAGGUGCUGGGGAUCGUGUUCUUCCUGUUUCUGAUCAUGUGGUGCCCCUUCUUCAUCACCAAUGUCACUUACGUCCUCUGUCAGGGUUCCUGCAACGAGCCUUUAUUGGCUGAGCUCCUCAACGUCUUUGUGUGGGUGGGAUACAUCUCCUCUGGAGUCAACCCAUUGGUCUAUACGUUGUUUAACAAGACAUACAGAAGGGCCUUUUCCAGCUAUAUACGUUGUCAGUAUAACACAGGGCCGAUGGCAGGGGUUAGUAGUAGAUCGCUAGCUGUUCCCACCAUCCAGUGUCCGUCUCAUGCGGUCACGCCCAUAUUUGGACAUCAUGGAGGGAAUGGGAAGAAGGGAAGUGUGGACCGGAAUAGCAACUGUCGGAAUGGUGGUGGUGGGGCCGACGGUAACGGGAUGAUCAGAGGGGUGGAGCCUGACGAUCCUACAGAUGACGGGAUGAGGAUGGAUAUGGAAUGCCCCGGGAUGAUGUCGGAAUUGGAACCCAGAAUGUCGGAGCUGAAGCUAUCUGUCGACAGCUUCUGCCACGCUCACUUGGAGCGCACAAGCAGCGUCUGAUUGGUUGAUUGGAUAAUUGGAUUACGCCAGCUCUGCGGCUCAUUGGCUGAUGAUGAACGGGCGGACUUGAAGUAAUGUGAGGGAGGGAAGGACUGUAGUGGGCAUGUAUCAAAUAACACCCUAUUCACUGUGUAGGGCACUACCCUGAACAAAACUCCCUAUUCAGGCAGCUCUCUGUAGGGCUAUGGUCAACACUCGUGCAUUACAUGGGGAAUAGGGUCAAAUUUGAGACACAGCCACAGUGGGUGGUGUGGACACUUCUGGAAGAAUGUAUCAUGGAAGGACUUACCUUGAUUCUUAACCCUUGACCUGGGUGUCAUGGACUUGUACAAUUUAGAACCCCACAGAAGGAGAAG